ACUAUACAUUUUUGGGUUCAACAACAUCAGGAUGACUGCCGCCAAUAAGGAAUGGAAACCCAAGAAACCUCACUACAUCCCUCAGCCCCCAGGUAAACCUUUCAUUUACCACUGCUUUCAGUGCCCAUUUACCUGCAAUGAAAAAUCUCACUUGUUCAACCACAUGAAGUACGACUUGUGUAAGAACUCACUUUCACUGCAAAGCAAGAUAUCCCUCAACAAUGUUGAUGAAAUUAGCAUGACAACAGCUAGUACAGAGGCGCCGAUGCAGAAUAAUGAUUCGGCACAACUUGAUUAUUUGAAUGAAAUGACUACAGUCAAGCUGAAAGAUGACCAUAAUGCCCAACCAAAUGAGGAAGAGAGGAGUAAAGUAUCUGAAAGAGUGUUGUUACCUCAGAGCGAUCCACAACCAAAACAGAAUGCAGAUCUACUAAUGAACAAAUCAUCAUCCAUGACAGAUGGGAUGAAAACCGAGACAAGCAAUAAUGAAGAACUGCCAACAACACAUACAUCUGCCUUUUCUGAUGAUCCCUCAUUUCAGGAAGAUCCAACAUCAACCUUUCAUCAACCACCAAAGUCCUUCCAACAUGAAGUUCUUCCAGUAUACAACCCGAUUUCCAUUUAUAAUUCAGUUCUCCUUGAUUACAAACCCCAGCAGCAGGCAAAAGAUGCAGAAUAUUUUUCCCAAAGACUGAAGUACCCUUCUUAUGCCAUCCACUAUAAUCUAUACUCUACAUGCUCUUCCUAUUCACCUUAUUUUGUUUGUGACAAUUACUGCAAUCAUCUCAAUUCCACUUCGCAUUUUACUCCGUACUCCGGCGUAAGUACUCAAUUCAACUCUCAACCACUUGGCAUUCAUCCACUCCUACCAGGGCAACUUCUUCCCAUCCACUCCUUGCCAACAAGCCGCAAUCUCACUUUAGAUCAAACUUAUAGAUUUUACCAUUCAAGUCCUUCUCUUAUGUACCACCUCCAAGAUCAGACCUAUCUUACCUCAUGUUCUAAUUCAAAAAAAGGGCAUUCUACUAUGGCUGUACCCAACAAUCUUGAUCACGUAAGACCUGAUGGAUCGCAUCUUGAUUCAUACUCAAUGGAUCAAAGAGAAUUCUUUCUGAUGCAGGAACCUGGGAUCAGAAUAAGCCAACAAAAUAAAGUUCAAAUGAGUCCCAAACUUGGCUGUUCUCCAACUGGGUCUCCAGCUACACCAAAUACAAGAGAUCACACCCAAAAAGACUCUCAAUCCCUGAAACCACUGGAUGUAAGUGAGCUAGAUUCCCGACAUGACCAACUGGAAGAGUAUGACACUAAUUCACUCUCAGCAAAAGAUGGACCCAGACAACACAGAUCCAAACACUGGCAGAGGGCAGCAGAACAAGAAGAAGUAACAAAUGGUGAUGUGGCCCAACUGAAUCUCUCAAAAAAUGAAACUGCAUUUGAGGUUCCUUUAAAUCUCUCUGUAAAACCUAUAUCUGGUAUCCCUACCUCACUAAGCCAUAUACAAGAUGAGAGUAAAACCAUCACCUGGGGAACUAUGGAUUCCGGUUCAUUGAAAGAAGAAAAUGAUGAUACCACAGAUGAAGAAAAAAGGACAGCUGCAUAUGCUUUGUGUCAACUGGCCCAGUGGAAUCUGUCGGAAAAGAUAGAAUCCUCAGAGACAAGCACACGCUUGAGCAAGUUCACAGACACUAGUACUAACGACCAUCAAAUCAGCAACCAUCAAAUCAGCUCUACUUUAUUUCAUGCUAACUGCAUAAGCAGUAAUCUGGUAGCCAUUCCUGAAAACACAUUUUCAACUGAAGAAAGUGAUAGCACUGAAACAGAGAAGACAAAUUUUUCUUCUGACUUUCCUGAUCCAAAAUCUGCCCUGGAUGUUAAUUGUUCCACAUGUUAUCCUGACGCUACAACAGUCACCGAUACCAAACCCAGAACCAAAAUUCAGACAAAAUUCAGAAGAUAUGGAACAUCUGCAAAGAGGAACACAGACUCAGUUCCUAGCAAUCGCAUUCUAAGGAAAAGACUUCGGCGUUAG